AUGGGAGGAGCACACUGGAAACGGUCCCCUGUGGCCGCUCCAGACGUUUCUGCCUUCUUGCCUGCCCAAAAAAAACGGUUAUUUAACUCCGUCAUUGAUCGUCCGCUUCAAAACGGAUUUGGCGUCUCCUGGCCCGCGCGCAACCAAUACCUCCCAUCCUAUUUGCAGGGGGACACAACAACGGGUGAACGGGGACCCUUGGAUGCUGCGACUUGUCUCAUCCUCUUUGCAAGCCAAGGUGACAAGCUCCUCGGCAAGGAGCGCUCGUCCCGAAACGCCCACCUGCAGAUCACCGCAUCCCGCAUCACCGGGCCGGCGACCGCCUAG